GUGUGUGCCUGUAUUCCUAGCUUUUCCAGACACUGAGGCGGGAGGAUCCUUUGAGCCCAGGAGUUCAAGGCUGCAGUGAGCUCUCCAACCUGGUGACAGAGUGAGACCUCGUCUAUUGAGAAAUAUAUAUCUGCUGAUAAAUAUGUCCACAAUUUAGACCACACUUAGACACUGAAGUUAUUACCAGCUCCUUCAUACGCACAUGCCUUAACUCUCUCUUGCCUUCGUGCAUUCCUUCACUUCAUUCAUUCGCUUAACUUCCAUCCAGCAGAUAUCUGCCAAGCACCAGCUCUGUGCCAGACACUGAAGUUGGGGGUGCCAAGGACACCUUUACCAACCGGACAGACACUGCCCCGCACUCCUGGCUCUGUGGCUUUCCUAGGAGCCCAUGUCCCUCCAGCAAAUGUUUUGUUUUUAUUUUUAUUUAUUUAUUUAUUUUGAGACAGAGUCUUGCUCUGUUGCCCAGACUGGAGUGCAAAGGUGUGAUCUUGGCCUCCUGGGUUCAAGCAAUUCUCCAGCCUCAGCCUCCCGAUUAGCUGGGAUUACAGGUGUGCACCACUAUGCCUCGCUAAUUUUUAUAUUUCUACAAAAUACAAAAGUCCAUGGCCCCACGUGUUCGUUUAGUAAGUGUCCAUUUAUUGAUUGCAUCUUUAUUCACUCUUUUUCUUAAUGUCCUUAUUCAUUCAUUCAUCCAUCCCUUGCUCAUCUCACUGACACAUCCAUUCAGUCUUCAUAUAUGUUUUCAUUCCUUUAUUCUCCAAGCAUCCUGAAAGUACCCACUCUACACCACGCCAGGGUUAGAUGCUGGGAUUCUGGCCCAGCCCACCACCCUGCCAAGCCCAUGGGGGCGCAGAUGGUGAGGACAUAGUGGUAACUACUUCAACAGUUAUUGGGAUUCAGAGCUGGAGGAGCACCAAGAAGGGAGCAGUUCACUUCCUGGAGGUGGGGGGUGGGAGGGGCAAUCUGAGAAGAAUUCUUAGAGGAAGUAGCAUUUUGGCCAAGUUGAGAAGCCUGUGUGAGAGUUCUCUAGGGAGGAAAAAAUGCUUCAUUUUGUAGACAGAAGUCUUUGUUCUGUGGAGUGUUUGGAGAAAAGUGAGAUACUGGUUUGCUAACAUGUGUGGUGCUCGUGAGUUUGUGUGCCUGGCCCCACCCAGGUCAAGCCAUCCCCAGGUUCCAAUGACAGACCUGGGCCACUAAGGAUCCUUAAUUCCACCCUGAGCUCCUAGAAGACCACCCACUAUCAGGCAGCCAGGAAUGACCUUUGGAGAACAAACACGUCACCCUCCAGAGACUGGCCUUAAGAGAUCCAAAUAUCAAAUGAAGCUUGCAGAGUGUCCCACCUUGGGAAGGAAUGCUGAACAAUUGAUUGACACCCUUGUUGCCACCAGCCAGACUACCAGGAGAUUGUCAGAAAUGGAGGAGGGGGGACCAGACCCAAGGACGCGCCCGGACAAAGCGGGAGGCGAGGAGUGCUGAUGGAGAGGACGUGCCGAGAGCAUCGGCAGGGCUGCUUGGUGGCACGAAGACGCCCGCGGGGACAAGAGAAGUCGGCUACGGCCAGGUUCCUCAGGCACGGAGGGCCACCUCCCCUCCAGGGACGUGAGCAUCUAGCUGCACUGAUUUGUUGUUCAGGAACAGGAAAUGAAACCCCGCAGCUUUGAUUACAAUAACCCACGUCAGCCUCAGGCUCAUGAAUAUUCAGCAGGCUGCUUCCGGCUCGCAACCCCCCUUCCCCAUCUGCGCAGACUGCGUGUGCGUCGCCGGCGCGCGGCUCUGUCGUCAUACUUGCGCGCCGCCGCCGCUGCCGCUCCUCGGGGAAACUGGAAGGCUGGCAUGGCGAGCUCCGCCGCCUCCUCCGUGCGACCGCCGAGGCCCAAGAAAGAGCCGCAGACGCUCGUCAUCCCCAAGAAUGCCGCGGAGGAGCAGAAGCUUAAGCUGGAGCGGCUCAUGAAGAACCCGGACAAAGCAGUUCCAAUUCCGGAGAAAAUUAGUGAAUGGGCACCUCGACCUCCCCCAGAAUUUGUCCGAGAUGUAAUGGGUUCAAGUGCUGGGGCCGGCAGUGGAGAGUUCCACGUGUACAGACAUCUGCGCCGGAGAGAAUAUCAGCGACAGGACUACAUGGAUGCCAUGGCUGAGAAGCAAAAAUUGGAUGCAGAGUUUCAGAAGAGACUGGAAAAGAACAAAAUUGCUGCAGAGGAGCAGACUGCAAAGCGCCGGAAGAAGCGCCAGAAGUUAAAAGAGAAGAAAUUACUGGCAAAGAAGAUGAAACUUGAACAGAAGAAACAAGAAGGACCCGGUCAGCCCCAGGAGCAGGGGUCCAGCAGCUCUGCAGAGGCAUCUGGAACGGAGGAGGAGGAGGAGGUGCCCAGUUUCAUCAUGGGGCGAUGACAGUGUUUGCCACAGCUGCUGCCUGGAACCCGGCUCGUGCUGUGACCAGAAAGGAAAGGUGGCUGUUUGGCUCUUUCUUCCCUUCAAGGACCCGCUGACCCACUGGAUGGAGAGCAAAGGAGACCCCUCCCGAGCCGCUCACAGUCCUGCUUUCGGCAGGGUUGGGAGCCUAAGGGGCCAUCUCCCUGACACACAAAGGCACUGCCUUGCAGAUGCCAUCCAUGUUCCUGGUAAACGGGGACAGAGAGCCUCACCUUGUCACAUAUUUGAACAGUGAUGAGUUUGGGGCUGGUUUCUGGGAAGGGAGCGUUUAUUUAGUAAAGAGCAGAACACCCUUGCAUUUUGCUGGGACGUGUGGACCCUGAGUCACAAACACUCUGGAGAAGGCUGUGAGAUGCCACCAUUCCCAUGGGGACUGAACCCCGUUAUGUGGACCUGGUCCCAGGCUCAUUGAGGAGAUGGCCUCGGCUGUCGGGCUGGUCCAUGUUGCCCACCCCCUCCAGUGGGAAGUGGGGACCACGCCGCAGAGGGUCUGCUCCCACUGCAGCUCCUGGUGCCCUGUGUGUUCUGGGAAGCCCUGGGUGUGCACAGGGAGGCCCGGGCCAGGGAUUUCACCAGGGGCUGGGUCACAAGGGUACGGGGUGUGUGGAAAGGGCUGUGGGGGAAGAGCUGGUGACCAGAAAGUGAGCAGGUGGAGAAUGCAAGCUGGACUGAGCCAGAGCAGAGGGUAGGGGAUUCCCAGCCAGACGGGGGUUCUCUUGCUGACAGCUGCAUUUUCAUCCCGAAGUGGAAGGGGGUCUAAACAGAAUGGGCUGAGAGAGGAGGGACUCGGUCAAGUGGGUGGAGCUCCUCCUUGCGUGACUGCAACCGUCAGGGCUUUCCUCCAGGUCAUAGCAGUUGGGACCAGCGGGGAGAAGAGAGGCAGAACUGCUGUGUCCUCAGGUGGCGCAGCCCCAAACUGGCAUCCAGGAGGCACUGGGCCCGUGCAGAGAGACGGCACCUGCAGAGAGCAGGGCAGCCCGGCACAGAGGCGUGUGCCUGGAAUCCCAGCUGCUCGGAAGGCCAAGGCGGGAGGACCGCUGGAGUCCAGGGAUUCAAGGCCAACCUGGGCAAUAGAGCGAGACCCUGUCUCUUAAAAACCGAUGAUGCUGGUGAACACAGAGGGCGGGGCACUGUGCUGGGAGCCAGGGUGCCUGGGAGGAGCCGAGACCAGCCUUUGACCUCGGUGUUUUGAGGCCAACAGGGACGACAGAGACGGUUUCUAGUUAGAGCCUUGGCUCCAUUUUUGGAUGAUUUAGCCCCGAGUUCCUGAGUCUAUUUUGUGCCCUUUACAUACUUUGAUAGAAUUAAGGAAAUAAUGGUUUUGAGUGAAGGGAAAGGAAACCCAGAAACAUUUUCUGUUGCUUUUACUUCUGUAGUGUAGAUUUCCCUGGCCCCUCUCUGAGCCCUGUAACAUCUGUGAUAGCUUCUGUCCCCUCAUCGGUUCAUGUCACAGGGAUUUUUCUUUCCCAGGAAUCAGACACGGAGAGUCAGCCCUAAAUAAAUGAGCACAUGCCCUGGCUGUACAUUUUGAAA